CAAACAGGCUUCCAUACUUCCUCAGAGAAUGGCACUUGCCUGGACCCGUCAGCUUGGACGGGGCUCGUAAAGGCGCUUGCGGGCUUGCACAGAUCUGAACAUCGUCCUGUUUGCAUGCCCGGCCGCAACAACUGGAUUCUCCAUUUGCAUGUGUCCCAUCCACACUCCACAUUCCUCUAAAGCCAGGCUGCCAGAGGGGCGUGCACGUUCAGAGUCGGUCUUUUUCACACUAGCUGGGACACCGUUCACCCACCGGGAGAGAUUCACCAUGGCCUCAGCACUGAAUUGCACACCCGUUAUGUUGUGUUUUAUUUAUAUUUCCGUACUGUUUGCAAGUGUGCUUUGCGACGCUGACGCUGACGCUGAAGAAGACGAGCAUGCCAAGCACUCGUACACGGUGGAGAUGUUCAACGAGGCGGUGCCCACUGCACCCCACUUUGUCAUGUUUUACGCCCCGUGGUGCGGCCAUUGCCAGAGGUUACAGCCAGCUUGGAAUGAACUGGCAGACAAGUACAACAGCAUGGACGAGCCCCCUGCAUAUGUGGUAAAAGUAGACUGCGUCCAGGACACCAAGUUCUGCUCCAAUGUCCACGGGGUUCGGGGCUACCCCACAUUGAAGUUGUUUAAGCCAGACCAGGAGGCUGUUAAGUACCAGGGGCCCAGGGAUCUGCAGUCUCUGGAGACCUGGAUGCUAAAGACACUCCAGGAGGAGCCUUCGGAACCUGAGACUGAACUGGAGCCUCCGAAAGCCCCAGAGCCCAAACAGGGCAUGUAUGAGCUCACUGCUCUCAACUUUAAAUCGCACGUAGCCAAAGGUGCUCAUUUUGUGAAGUUCUUUGCUCCAUGGUGCGGUCACUGUAAAGCCAUGGCUCCAACCUGGGAGCAGCUGGCCACCAGCUUUGAACACUCUGAUGAUGUCAAGAUAGGAAAGGUGGACUGUACACAGCACUAUGAGGUGUGCUCUGAGAACGGCGUACGGGGAUAUCCCACUCUGCUCUUCUUCAACAAUGGACAGAAGACAGACCAGUACAAAGGAAAAAGAGACCUGGACUCUUUCAAAGACUUCGUGGACAACCAGCUGAAGGCUGCCAUUGCCGUGAAGCAAGAGCAGGAACCAAGUGAGGAACAAAAAGCAAACGAGAUCCCCGCUGACGAGCCAGCCAAGGAGGAGGUGAAGUCCGGUGUGUUGACCCUGACAGAGAGCAACUUUGACGAGUCUGUGGCCAAGGGCAUCACCUUCAUCAAAUUCUACGCUCCAUGGUGUGGCCACUGUAAGAACCUUGCUCCAACAUGGGAGGAUCUCUCCAAGAAGGAGUUUUCUGGCCUCACUGACGUCAAGAUAGCCAAAGUGGACUGCACUGUGGAGCGCACACUGUGCAACAAGUACUCUGUGCGAGGUUACCCGACCUUGCUCAUCUUCAGAGCGGGGGUUCAGGGUGACGAGCAUCACGGCGGGCGGGACCUGGAGAGCCUGCACAGCUUUGUGAUGAGGCAGGCGAGAGACGAGCUGUAAAAACGGUCAAGUCAGCACUCAACUCUCCACCACUCUGCUCGCCCACACUGCAUAGCUGGCCAGUAGGACACCACUCUCUUUCCUACAGUAGCCAAACCUCUGUCUAUCUCUCUCUCCACUAUGGUUCUCUUCAGAAAGGAGUCAGCCAAUGACAGACUGAUGUAGUCUGUCAUCGCUCUCCAGUGUUCAAGGACUGAUGAUUCAGUAGUUUUGGAUGUGAAUGUAUUUCUCGUUGCUGUUGCCCAACCCUAACCCUCCUACUAUGGAGAGAACUAUCAUAGUGGUUGGGUUUACGAAUGAAGUAAUAUGUCUGACAACCACUUUGCAAGCACUGCUCAGUCAAUCAGAACCAGAAUUCCUCGCACAUAUAAAAACUGUUUUUUUAUUCAAAGGGUGGCAGUAGAGGACAGAUGUCCCUGUUUCUGCCUGUUCAAAAUCAAUUGUUUCUGAUUAACUUCUGUUGACAUUUGACUUUUUUAAAUGUUAAAUUUUAUACAUGGGAUCUGUUGUUUAAUCAUAAGCCAUUAAAGUUGCGGUACUGUCAUUCGAAGGUUUGUAAAGUUUGCGUUGCCCGAAUGUGAAGUUGAGUGUUAAGUUGAGGGUCCUUUCUAUCCAUGCCGGCGAUGGCCUUUCUGACUUAACUCUCAGGGAAACACCCAGGAAAGCUAGAGGAAGUUGUGAUGGAGUCUGAUUUUUCUCUCAAUCAUGAAUUUCUUUUGGGAAUAACAACCAGUUUUGGUUCAUCUGUGCGUCUUAAACAUUUUCUGACUCCUUCUCAAUCAUCCCUCCCGACUCCUCCUAGCAUUCAGGGUCUCAGGCCUGGACCAUGUUGCCCCAUAUCUCCAACACUGAACAUCUUUAGAGUCACUACUGCUUUAAUUUUUGUUGUUUUCUGUUUGCUGUAGACUGCAGCUCAUCUAGUGCAGCUUGGUAUGAAAUCUUUAAAACUGGCUCUUCACUUUAUCCUCCAAUGUAACAGAAGAAGUGUGAAUGUAUAGUGUUUGUGCUUUGUCUCUAAGGCCAGGCUCGUUCAUGAACCUGUAACCUGAUUUUAUGCAUGAGAAAUGGAGCUCUUCUCCUGUUCAUCUUUUCAGCUUUUAGAAGCUUCCCUCUGUGAUUGGAUAUUUUUUGUAAUAAUGUUUGUGAGGCUGGAACUGAGACAAACGUUCACUGCAGCUCAGGGUCAGGUGGGCUAGCUAGCAUCAUAUCGCCUCUAUGAUUGUGAUCUUUUCUUACCUUGAUGAUGGAACCAGCUGCAUCUUUGGUCUGUAUUGUUUGCUUUUCCUGGUCUCAAGUAUCAUUUCAACAUGCUAUAUUUACUGACAGUGGGAAAAAAAUGAUGUGCAGCUAACGUCUUAAGACACCAAAAACUAUGGACCGAAUAGAUGGGUAUAGCUUAAGCAGCAUUGAUAGUGGGAUGAUGUCACUAACUGAUAAAAUGAUCUAGACAUAGUAGCAUCAUUUAUCAAAUGCAACAAAAAUAAAGCCUAAUUUUGCUACUUGCUGGUUUUAAUAACCCAUUCUGAAGUGUUCUUUAGUCUGCCGUAUACUGUAUAAUAACCACCUUGGAUCCCACAGGUCCAAGUCAAGGGCCAAGAAAAUGAUCCGUCAAUUUAAGCUAGUCUUUUCAGCGCACUUUUCUAUACCUUUACUCACCUCUGACUCCCUUUACGCUACAAAUGCUCUUCGACCCAGGUUUUGUGAGAAGUAUGUGCUGCACGAUGCAGGGCACCAUUUAUUGUCUAAACCCAGGUACACAAACAGUCAGACACAGCAGUUUUUUGUCAGUAAAAGUUUUUAUGGAUAGCACAUGGUCUAAGGAACUCCAGUGACAGAAGUAUUUUUUUCCUUGUGAGUCAUGGGUUGUGACUACCCAUGGAUUUUGUACAAAAAAAAAGAGUGAAUAAUGGCAAGUUGUAACAUGAGAUUUCAUAAUAAAUUUUUUUUCAAAAAA